AGCAUGGAGCGACUCCCCGGCCCCGCUGCGCCCCAGGUGGCGCUGCUGGAUGCUGCUGCCUGCCCUAAGGAGGAAGGGUUCCCGGAGGCACUGUCCCCCAAGGAGGAGGAAGAGGAGGAGGAAGAGGACAGGCAGAGAAGCCCAAGACCGGUCACCUUCACGCUGGGCAAUGAGGUGCUGGGGCUGACCCCAGAGACCGAGUUUCAGAGUCCCGAUGCUGAGGUCUACAUGCACUUCAUGAGGAGCCACUGCUGCUAUGAUGCCAUCCCCACCAGCUGCAAGCUCGUCGUCUUCGACACCUCCCUGGAGAUCAAGAAAGCCUUCGUGGCACUGGUGGCCAACGGGGUGCGUGCCGCCCCGCUCUGGGACAGCAAGACACAGACCUUUGUGGGGAUGCUCACCAUCACUGACUUCAUCAACAUCCUCCACCGCUACUACCGCUCUCCCCUGGUUCAGAUCUACGAGGUGGAGGAACACAAGAUUGAGACCUGGAGAGAGGUGUACCUGCAGGGCUCCUUCAAGCCACUGGUCUAUAUCUCUCCAAGCAAUAGCCUCUUCGAUGCUGUCUACUCCCUGAUCAAGCACAAGAUCCAUCGCCUGCCUGUCAUCGAGCCCAUCUCGGGCAAUGUCCUGCACAUCCUGACACACAAGCGCAUCCUCAAGUUCCUCCACAUUUUUGGCUCCACCAUCCCCAAGCCACACUUCCUGAAGAAAACAGCGCAGGAGCUGUGUGUCGGCACCUUCCGUGACGUGGCCGUUGUGCCUGAGUCCGCCCCCAUCUAUACCGCCCUGGAAAUCUUCGUGGACCGCCGUGUCUCUGCCCUGCCUGUCGUCAAUGAUGCCGGGAAAGUGGUUGGCCUCUACUCCCGGUUUGAUGUCAUUCAUCUGGCAGCCCAGAAGACCUACAACAACCUGGACAUUAGUGUGCGGGAGGCACUGCGGCAGCGCACCGUCUGCCUGGAGGGGGUCCUCACCUGUUACCCCCACGAAACCAUGGAGGACAUCAUUGACCGCAUCGCCAAGGAGCAGGUCCAUCGCCUGGUUCUGGUGGAUGAGAACCAGUAUCCACGGGGCAUCAUCUCCCUCUCCGACAUUCUCCAGGCCCUUGUGCUCACUCCCGCAGGUAUCGAUGCUCUUAACUCUUAGCCCGCGACGCUCCAUCUUUCUCCACUUGCACCCUCCAUUUCUCUCCACUUCAGG